AUGGCUGAGAAUAUUACAGCCGAGUCUGUCACAAGUUCGUUUUCACAAACAGACACCGCAAUCCUUGAUGCGCUAGUCCCGGGCUACUCACUACUUUCCAAAUUUGUGAGCUCUCACCUCAAUAUUGACGUUGCAAGCUAUUUGCAAUAUGUCAUUCUAUUGGCUACAUUCGGCGCCUCUUUUCAAUACCUUAUCUGGUACAUGAAGGAUAUGGUUGAAAUGUACUUCAUGUCUACCGCAGAAAUACGAUUCGACGAUGAGACUUUCAAUUUCUUCAUGUACUGGAUGUCGCGACAGGUAAACAUGUCGAAAACAAAUCGCUUCGUCGCUGGUGUUAAAACAAGUGGCUACUGGUCUGAUGAUUGCUCUGAUGACGAAGACGACGAAAAGGAUAUCGAGCUAGAUGAGCCUGGUUCCGGCGAAAACGAGUCAUCAUUUGAGGAGUACUGGGCCAAGCUCACAGGCCGUGACAAGUAUAGAACCUUGCGAUAUACACCGUCAGAAGGCCGUCAUUUCUUUCGGUUUCGUGGUAAGCUACUAAUGCUGGAGCGAAAACAGCAGCAGCAGACUCCGCUGUGGGUAAUGAACAACGAGACGCUUUACCUGUCUUGUCUCGGUCGCAACCCGGGCAUUAUUAAGGACCUGCUCAACGAGGCCCAACAAACAUAUGUAGAGCGGGACGGCAAUCGAACCGUCAUUUACCGCGGCCAAAGGCUUUGUAGCGGUCAGCAAUUUGGUUGGUAUCGAUGCAUGGCGCGUUGCCCGCGUCCUCUAUCAACUGUUGUUCUGGAGCAGGCACAGAAAGAUGAAUUUAUCUCUGAUAUCAAAGAAUAUCUUCAUCCUCGCACUCGACGCUGGUACUCAAAUCGGGGAAUUCCAUAUCGCCGAGGAUAUCUCUUGCAUGGCCCUCCGGGGACGGGAAAAACUAGUCUCUGUUUUGCGGCUGCAGGCCUGCUUAGCUUAAAGCUUUACCUUCUGAAUCUCGACUCGAAAGCACUUGACGAAGAUAAUUUAGCAUCCCUUUUUCAUGAUCUUCCCCGCCGAUGCAUCGUUCUCCUUGAGGAUGUUGACACUGCAGGGGGGGGAACGACCGAUUCGCCGAAGGAUAAAGAUAAGCCGACAGAUGGUACAGACCCCACAGCGGUGGAUGAAACCGAGGCAAAGGACAAGGACAAGGACAAGAAGGAGGAGAAGUCACGAGGUAUCACAUUAUCUGCGCUAUUGAACGUCAUCGACGGAGUUGCAGCCAGCGAAGGCCGUAUACUCGUCAUGACAACCAAUCACCCUGAAAAACUUGACGCAGCUCUCCUCCGACCCGGUCGUGUCGACUUAAGCAUUACCUUUGGACGUACCACCCAAGCCGAUAUCGAGGAGCUUUUUACAUCUAUUUAUACAACAAUGGAAGGCGAUCUUCCGCGCGCUGCAGCCUCCCGACGUCUCCUCAAUGGCACGGCCAAGCAUCUCACGAAUGGCAGUGCCAACCACAAGCACGAGAAUGGCAAUGUCGAGUAUGCCGAGAAACGGAAGCAAGAGAAUAAUGAAGAAGAAAAACGUCGUCUUCGUGAUCUUCGCCUCCGGAUUUCCAAGCUCGCGACUGACUUUUCAGCGAUCGUGCCGAACGGGGAGUUCACUGCUGCCGAGAUCCAAGGCUAUCUUCUCAACCAUAAGGAUUCGCCCGAGGCUGCUAUUAGUGGCGCGGAUACCUGGGUCCAAGGACUCAGAGAGAAGAAGUCUUCCCAACAAAGUAUUCUAGCAUAG